AUGUCUUCAAAGUCGACCUCAGACUCGGCAGCUUGGAAAGCCAUCGCAGCCCGCAAACAGGCCUCGCGCGCUGCCCGGAUCCCUUCGAAAUGGCACAUCCCCCCUACCGUCCUGCCCAAAGAUCCCCCGAGCUUGGAGCUGGGUCCGCAAAACGUCCUGGAUGUGCCUCGCCAGUUCCUCUCGCGCUCCGAGAUCGACAUCACUGAAAACUACACGGUGGAAACCCUCCUGUCAGCUCUGGCGAGCAAGAAACUGUCGUGCGCAGAAGUCGCCGAGGCCUUCUGCCAUCGUGCAGCCAUAGCCCAACAACUCACAAACUGCCUGACAGAGCCACUCUUCGACUCGGCCAUCCACCGCGCAAAAGAGCUAGAUGCAUACUUGUCACAGACCGGGAAACCCUUUGGGCCGCUUCAUGGGCUGCCGGUGUCUGUCAAGGAUACAUUCAACGUCAAGGGCGUGGACACGAGCAUCGGAUUGGCUUAUCUGUGCGAGAAACCCGCGACGGAGAACGCCCCAUUGAUCAAUCUUCUGUUGUCGCUGGGCUGUGUGAUCGUGGCAAAGACGAACAUCCCCCAAACGCUCGCGUCGCUCGACAGCAUCAACAAUGUCUUUGGGAGGACGAUGAAUCCUAUCAACCGCCUCUGCACAGCUGGUGGUUCAAGUGGCGGAGAAGGUGUCCUUGUGGCCAUGAAGGGCAGUAUUCUUGGGAUAGGAACGGAUAUUGGCGGCAGUAUCCGAGUGCCAGCCAUGUGCAACGGCUUGUACGGCUUCAAGCCAUCCAACAACCGGAUUCCCUACGGUGGACAGGCACAGACCGGAAGAGAAGGUAUGAGUCGUACGAGUGUGCAAGCUGUGGCGGGUCCCAUAGCGCGGAGCGUGAGAGACAUUGACGUCUUCCUGCGAGAGGUGAUCCCAAGGGCGCCGUUGUGGGGAGAGGAUUGCAUGCCGUGUCCAUGGCCCGUCUCAAGCCCUUCUCCUCAACAGAUCCAGGGCAGCGGGCCGAAUGGCGAACUUGUAAUUGGCAUCCUACGAAGCGACGGAAACUGCACCCUCCUUCCACCGAUCACUACCAUUCUGAAUGAAGUCUCUGUCGGGCUGUCAGGCGCAAGCUCACGCACGGGAGUUAAAGUCCUGGUUAAAGAACUGCUCACGCCCCGCGCUUGGACGCGAUCGCAGUCUGUCAUGAGCAAACUGAUGGGCGUCGACGGUGCGGUCGUCAUGAACCACAUGAUCCAGUCUACAGGUGAGCCGUUGGUGCCGUGGAUGCAGACGCGAUUCCGCUCAGGCAAGCCGCAGGCUCUGGAGCGCGUGGCGGAGUUGCAGGCGCAACGAUCCCAGCUAGAACGCGAGAUGCUCGAGCUGUGGAGUGAGGUCGACGCGCACGGCCGACGCCGGCAGGUCCUCGACGCCAUCAUCUGCCCUGUCGCACCUCACCCGGUCCCGCCCAUCGAAGGCUACAACGCCGUCGGCAUGACCUCGUCUUGGGUCCUGUUCGACUACCCCUCCGGCACCGUCCCCGUCCGCCCCGUCGUCGAAGCUGACCUGGAACUCGGCAGGCCGCUGGCCGCCGGCACGGUGCUUGGUAGCUGGGACCAAAAGUGCCGCGAGCUGUGGGACGAACACGUCACCGAUCGUAGGGUCUACCUCGACACGCCGCUGAGCGUGCAAGUCGUGGUGCAGCGAGGGAGGGAUGACUGGCUGUGCAAGGUGAUGGGCGUCGUUGACGAGGUAAUGAAGUCUCAAUCAGCUUCCGGAGAGAUCAAGGCCAGAUUGUAA